UCUAUGGUGUAUGGAGCAAUCGUUGGCCGUCGUGCAGUCGUAUAGACAUCGUACGUCCGUGACGUCACUACUCCGGGAGGCCCAGGUGUGUGCGUAUCAGCGCGGCGGUCCCGUGUGCACCUGGUAUCUCGCACCAUUACCAUCAGCUAUCGAAGUAGUGUAAUACAACUCGUAUUUAAUAUAAUAAUUAAUAGUAGUCUCGUAAUCUUUUCCCUAUGCGUACAUGUCCGCGAUCGUCGCUGGUGCGAUUAUGAUUCGUUUGUAGAUAAAUCAUUUUCCUCUCUCUAUCGACGACGACGAGAGGACGCCGACCGCGUACCGAGAACGCGCCCGCAAACAGUCGCCAGUCGCCACGACAUAUCGGCCGCGAUGUCCGCUUUGACCGCCGGGGUGCAAUACAGUCUGUCGUCGAACCAGAACAAUGGCCUUUUGCCCAAACAGAGGACGGGCAAGAACAAAACGCUGUUCUUCGUCAAGCUGACCGAUUCCUGUCUGAAGGCCGUCGAGGAUUACCUGCGAUGCUGUCAACAGGGUAACUCAGAAAACCUUCCAAAACCUAGAAUACAAUUUAAAGGCAAUGAAGGCCAAUUAUGCGUACCGAGCAUAUCAAAAAAUUAUACAUUUGACUUUAGUUUAUCAAAUAACGAUGUUGCUGCUCCUAGAAGUAGCUUUGAAUGUAUUCGUCAAAAUACUUCAAGAUCAUUAGAAUAUGUUGGUACCUUAAAUAGACAUAUACGAGUACUAGCAAAUGAUGAUGUAUAUGAAGCUACUAGACAUAGAAUGGUCGCUGUCGAAGAAUUACAUAAGAAAUCAUGUACACGGGAAAUUGAACUUGACAGCAAAUCAGCUCUUAGUCGCAAAAUCCGAAAAAAUCCUGCUCAAAUAAGAGCUAGCCGUCAUAAUAAUAAUACUUAUAAUAAUGUUAAUAUUACAAAUAACGUUCCAAAACCUAUAAUUUCCAAACCUAUACCCCCGCAUAUCCCUUCACCAGCCAAUCAUGCAUCAGAUAUUAGCAAAAAACCAUUACGAGAUAGAAUUAUUCAUCUUUUAGCAUUAAGGCCAUACAAGAAACCAGAAUUAAUUAGUAUAUUAAAUAGAGAUGGUUUGAAAGAUAAAGAUAGAACACAAAUAAUGUCAGUUCUUAGUCAUGUAGCACAAAUAAAAGAUAAUGUAUACUAUCUAUUAAGGCAUAUUUGGAAUGAUGUACAAGAAGACUGGCCAUUUUAUAGUAGUCAAGAUCAUAUUGUAUUAAAACGACGAAAGCCUCAAAAUUUAACACCUCCUGGAUUGAGUGAUACUGGAAGCUCUGGCAGCAGUGAACAAUCUCCAAGUAGCACUGUCCCCAGCAGUCCUCCUAAUAAUGUGCAUGGUAACAAAAGACCUGGGUACUACAAUAGUGCUGAUGGUUUCCAGACAAAAAGAUUACGUAUUUCACAUUUUAAACGACCAUCACCUGAGAAAAAAUUGUUAUCAAAUAGUCCUCCACCAAUUGUAUCUAGUACUCAAUCAACAAUACGAUCACCUACUCAUGCACCCUCUCACACUAAUCCAAUACCAAAAUAUAUUCAAGAUUUUGUACGAAUAACAAACAAGGAGCAAAAAAAGCAAUAUAAAUCAGAAUUCAUGAAAUGUCAUAAAGAAUAUAAACACCUGGCUGAAAUUAUGGAUCCUGUUCGAAAUAAAUUUGCUAAGUUAAAAGAUCGUAUGUUGCUUUAUCCUAAAGGUUCAAAUGAAUAUAAGAUUUUAGAAAACCAAAUAUUACAAGAAUAUAAUGAAAGAAAACAUGAUGAUAAAUAUCAAGCAGCUAAAACACGUUUUGACUAUCUUCAUAAUAAAUUGUCUCAUAUUAAAGAUCUGGUGCAUGACUAUGAUAAACACAAUCCAGUGUUGAUUAGAACUGCAACACCAGAUUCUUCUUGCCUAUGAGCAAUCAAUUAUUUAUAAUAUUAUUAUUUUUUUUUCUAUUUCUUUUAAAUACAAUGUAUAAUUAUUCUAAA